AUGGUCAAGUGGGAUGACCUCAAGAGCCUCGCGACCCGCAAGCAAGACCCGCCAAGUACCCUGCAGUCCCACCAGCUCGUGCUAAACCAGCUGCUUGAUCUCUUCGUGAAGGGGGCUGAUGGCACAUACAAUAAGAAGGCCGACUUCGACUACCUUGCCUACGUUCUCGCCGACCUCUCUAAGCACCCAGAGAUACGGCAGUUCUUCGUCAAUAAGCAAGAGUACGACGGCGUAGUCCCCAUCAACAAGAUCAAGGUCUUCACAGAACAUAAGUCGGAUAUUCGGAGGAAAGGCGUGGCGAGCACCAUCAAGAACGCGGCGUUUGAUGUGCCAGCACACCCUGCGUUCCUCGACGAGGACCAGAUUAAUAUCCUCCCCUAUCUCUUGCUGCCUAUCACCGGAAACGAGCAGUAUGAUGAGGAGGAAAUGAUGGGGAUGCUGCCGGAUCUGCAGUUGCUGCCGCCCGACAAGCAACGAGAUUCAGAUCCCAAGAUUGUUCAGACUCACGUCGAGACACUGACCCUUCUGACAACUACGAGAGAAGGGCGGGAUCUGAUGCGAAGUGUCAACGUUUACCCGAUUAUCCGAGAGACACAUCUCAAGGUCAACGACGAGGACGUUCAAGAAGCGUGUGAGCGGUUGGUCCAGGUAUUAAUGAGAGACGAGGCUGAACCGGGGGCGGAGGGGGAAGCCGAGGACGACGGUGAGGACGACAGGAUAGUUGAAGUUUGA